CUCCUUUAUACCCUUAAAUAUCAGUUGGCUUCAGAUAUCAAAAUUUGAACAUGGCGUCGGCAAUGGAAAUUGACGAUGAAGAAAAUGAUUUACCAACUUCGAGCAGUAGUAAAGGAGAGAAGAAACGUUUUGAAGUGAAGAAGCCUUUUUUUUUAUUUCAGUGGAAUGCUGUAGCUCUGUGGGCAUGGGAUAUUGUGGUUGAUAAUUGUGCAAUUUGCCGCAAUCAUAUAAUGGACUUAUGCAUUGAGUGUCAAGCGAAUCAAGCAUCAGCCACUAGUGAGGAAUGCACUGUAGCUUGGGGUGUGUGUAAUCAUGCAUUCCAUUUCCAUUGCAUCUCACGUUGGCUAAAGACUCGGCAAGUUUGCCCGCUUGAUAACAGAGAGUGGGAGUUUCAGAAGUGAGGUCAUUAACUAUGUGUGUCGGCUGCCACAGACAUCUGAACCAUCCAAAAUACCGAAGUCGAUGAAAGUUCAACUAUGUAUGUGAAUAAAAGACAAAUGAACAAUUUGUGGUUAAAGUAUCACUGGAAAAAUCAGUGGCAUAUUUUUAAGCGUCGUGGCAGCAUAUGGACAGUGGAGUAACGAGCUAAAAUUUUUUGAAAAAAGAUGUUAUCGCAUCAGCAUUAUAUGCUUUCCACUGCUGCGCAUAUUGAGCUCGAACAGCAAAAGCUGUACCUGUAAAAUAUGACCUAAAGUUUCUUAUUUUGUCGGUUAUGCAUUAAUGACAAUGUAACUUAGUCUUAAGGCCCUAAAUAAAGGAAUUUCAUGUAAUAAUUAA